UUUAAAAUGGACUUGACUUGUCCCAUUUGUUAUGGAGCUUAUGAUAACAAGGAGCAGAUACCCAGGAUCCUCCAGUGAGGACAUACCUUUUGUCAGAGAUGAUUGAUGGACCUAAGAACAUCGAAUAUGCUGGCGUGCCCGACUUGUAGAAGCUGCUUUUCCCCUGAUGUCAACCAACUUAUCAAAAACUUCACUAUCCUGGAAGCUAAGAAUGAAGGAGAAAAGAUGUUUGCAGAGGCUGAAGCUAAGUUUGCAGCUGAGAAGCCAAAAGCAGCGCCUCUUGCCGACUCUGAAGCACCUAUGUCAGAUAAGAUGGUCCUCGGGAAAUUACAAGUAUUACAGAAGAAGAUUGAUGCUUCUUUAGCUGAGACUUCUAUGUUCAAUGAAGAGCUUGAUGACAUCCAGGAACAACUGGAGACCACCCAUGAGCAAACCUCUAAAGAUUUGAAGGAUAAGUUGGAACUACUAUAUGAGAUGCUUAAGAAUAGACUGGAGUCUUUGGAGCAAAAUGUUACUCAGCAUUAUAAGAAACAGAAAGUUGUAAUGAAAGAGGCCCAGAAUAACCUUGAUAAGAGAAGUUCUGGGCUAAAGAAACUCUCUUCAAAGGUCACUUCCAUGCUGUCAUCAGGGAGUUAUAGCCAUAACAAUAAGCUUGAGAGGCUAGAGGAAGAAUUCUUGGAGCUUAAUAGAUCCUAUAAUAGCUCGUUCCAUCAGUUUAAACACUGUACUGUGAAUCUGAACCCUCAAAAUGCUGGGCAGAUUUUCGAGUCUCUUGGAAGUGUCAAACACCCUAUAGUGCAGAGUACUUUCUCUAAUUCUUACCAAUAUUUCAACUUGAAGAGGAAGAAUAUCUCAAAGGCAUACUUCUUUGGUGAUUCAAAUAAUCAGGAAUUAAUAUUUUACUAUGAUUUUGGAAGGGAUAAAUGGAGGAAGAAAGAUGUACCCAGAAACCUGGUCCUGCAGUCAUACUCCGUAGCUAUUGGACUAACAGAUGGGUCUAUUUUGAUAACAGGAGGUUUGAACAGCACCUUCACUAAUGUGUCAGGGAAUGUGAGCCUCUACAACCCGGAGACUGAAACUUGCAGUGAGAAAUCGCCAUUGCUGUAUAAUAGAUACACUCAUGCUCUUGCUCAUUAUGGAAAUUAUGUGUAUGCUAUUGGUGGAAGAAGUAUCAACGGUGUCCUUGAAAGCUGUGAAAGAUUUUCUAUUAGCCUUAACAAGUGGGAGAAAAUAGCCAUGCUCAACCAAAGAAGAUGAACCAUGCCUGCCAUUGUUUAUGAAGAUAUGUAUAUUUAUGUAUUUGGAGGUUAUGAAGGAACUGGGAGGAUUGAUUCUAUUGAACAAUACGAUAUUGCUAAUGACAUUUGGAAUAUGAUGAAGAUCAAGUUCCCACUCAGUGUAGAGGCUGAAACAGCUACACUUAUAUCAAAGAAUGAGGUUCUUAUCCUUGGUGGACAUGAUAAUAGUGCUGGUACUAAAGAUGCGAUGAUUGUGAACCUUGAAACCCAUACUUUCUUAAAGAUUCCCCCAAUGGAACAUGAGAGAUUCCUCCACUCAGCGUUCUCCUUCGAGAACUACGUCUAUGUCAUAGGAGGAGUUGAGAACUGUGAAUGCCAAAGAAUGAACGUGAAUACCAACAAAUGGGAAAGCAUCACCUCAUACAAAGAGUUCAUCGUGAAUAACCUACAGACUUUCUCAUCAGCUUCGAUUUAA